AUGGAUAAGAGUUCGGGCUCUUCUAAUAAGUUUACAAUGGGGGCUUCUCGACAUUCUCGUAAUCAGGUUGUUGGUGGUAGGAAGCCUUCUACUCUUAGUGCUGUCACUGAGCAUUUGGAGAGUUGGGGUGAUGGUCAGCAUAUUCAUCAAGAGAAAGGGGUUUAUAUUUUUGGGCAUCAACCUCCAAAUAUAACAACACAUUCGGAAUUUCAUGAUGAGGAUACUAAUCUUCAUAAGGAUGCUUCGGAGUAUGAUGAUGAUAAUGUUCUUGUGCCUAGAGGGAUUGAUCUGCUGGGGCAAGUUGCGAAGAUGGAUUUAGUUGAGGGCCAAACUAGCACUUCUGGUGGAAAUUUGACUAGUACUACCUUCAACACAGUUGAAGCGACAGAAAUUAUGGGAUUAUCUUCCUUUGUUGGAGCUAAUCAUAAUAUGCCUUGGUACUUGCUUGGAGACUUUAAUGAGAUGAGGUGUGAAGAUACGUUAGGAGGAGCAGCUUCUUAUGCAGAUUAA